AUGAAUAUAAAGGAAAAUCAAUUUAAAAAUGAGGCAAAAAUAAAAGAGAAAACUGAAGAUAAAAUCUUAAAGGAAAAUGAAGAAUUGAAUAACAAUUUUAAUUUCAAAAAUCCAGAUCUCCAAAACUUUGGAGGAAGAGGCUUCCAAAUCUCUCCUGAAUUGCCCAGAGAUUCAAAAAUUCAAGAAAACGGAAAUCACCAAACCUGCCUUGGAUUGUCCAGUAAUCUUAAAAUUCUUAGGGAGAGAGAAUUCCCAAUUCCUCCUAAAUUAUCCAGCGAUUCACAAAUCCAAACGGAGGGAAGCUACCAAACUUCUAAUGGAUUAUCCAAGAAUCUAAAAAUUAUUAGUGAGGGAUGUUUCCAAACCCCUCCCUCAGAGCACUUCAUUCCUGCCGAUCGUGAAGAGGGAAGUUACCAAACCUCGUCAAGCGAUGCGGUUUUUAUUUUAAGGGAACCGAAGGAAAAGAGUUCCUCUAUUUCUCAAGAAAAAAUAAAAUCUCUUAGAAACAAAACGGUUAUAAGAAACGAUGACAUCUCUCAUUCAAUUACAAAAAUACCUUCAAAAGAGAACAGAACCGAGACCCCCGAAAUAAGUAAGUUAUAUUAUUCUAAAGAGAAUGAAUCUCUUGCAGAAAAUGUUGCCUCAACUCAACAAAUGAGUGAAAAUUUUAAAAGUAAACAAAUUCAAACAGAAGAAGAGAAGCGAGAUUUGCAAAAUAAAAUACCUCGUGAAUGUUUUCAAAUUUCUGAAAAUUUGGAGCAGAAUAGGCUCGCAGAAAUUAUGGAGUUAUUACGUCUCGAUCAUUUAAAUAUCCAAGAUAACGUAAUAAAUCUUAUAUCCGGCAGCCAGGAUAGAUUUCACAUACCCGGAGAAAAAUUAACAGCGACUCACGUGUUGCAACAUCAAAUACCGACAACAGACGACCGACCCAUCAAUACUAGACAAUAUCGAUUUCCUCAAAUUCAUAAAGAAGAAAUAAAUAAACAAGUUGAAGAAUUGUUAGAGGGAGGCGUAGUAAAAUUAUCUCAGUCACCUUACAAUACGCCCAUAUGGAUAGUGAGUAGGCUAGUACCACUAUGGGGAGACGACUGUGACGUCACUGGCGCCGUACCCCCACUUUCUUAUCACGGCGCACAGCAUCACAGUCGUCUCCCCAUAGUGAUACUACUCGUCGAUCUCUCCCCACCAUCACCACUACCACCGCAGAUAGCUGCCCACAACAGCGCGAUCGAGCCUGGUGUACACAUUUACGGAGUGAUUCACGACAAACUUUAUUAAAAAAAUUUAAAUUUUUAAUAAAUCACACCACUUUACGUAAUAUUAUAAAAUGUUUUAAUCGCGGAUUGUUCUCUGGUGAUCGUGACA